CCGAGAGUUCUUACUGUUUUCAUUGUUGUGUGUUUUGGUGUGACUAGUGCGUCGUUGGACACAACAUCAUUCGUAGCAAUAAAGACCAUCGUGUUCUGGCGAUCAAAGAAUUUCAAGACAAGGACUAUGAGGAUGUAAUGAAGCGACCUGCUUUCUGUCCUAAGGAAGAUCAUAACAAAGAAGAGCUGAAAUAUUUUUGCAAAGAUUGUGAAAUGCCAGUUUGCCAAAUUUGUGUCACGAUAGACCAUGGUGGACAUAAUAUCAAGUUAAUCAAAGAAGAAGCAGAGACGCAAAAGACUGAAAUGAGGUCUCACAUUGAAAACCAGCAACACAAUUUACAAGCAAAGAUGAAUGCCGUUAGCCGACUUGAUGAAGACUGUGCCAGACUGAUACAACAAGGCGAAGAUGCGAAGAGAGAGAUUCAAACAUUUGUUGACAAUUUAAUUGCAAUCAUUGAAGCAAACAAGCAAAACAUAUUCGCAACGGUGGAGAAAGAAACAAGCAAGUCGAUUGAACGGCUAUCAGAGCGAAAGACCGAGAUCGAGCGUCAGAUUACGGCGAUAAAUUCAACCUUGGAGAAGGCUGAGAAACUUUUCACCCGAAGUACAAACGCUGAAAUCGUUCGACUGAAGAAAUCAUUUGACACCAUCUUUGAGGGCGGAGUUGAUCAAACGGAGCCAACCGACCAUGUCCCGGAACAUCUAGCUCAAUUUGUCUUAGUGAAAAAUCAAAACUUAUUAGACAUUGUCAUGACUGAAGAAAUUGGAACUUUGAAAAAACCAACAAAAGCAAGUCAGUGUGUUGUUGAAGGCAAAGGACUGGAAGAAGUAAAUAUUAUCCGUGAAGCGAAGUUUACUCUGACCACAAGAGACAUCGAAGGAAGACAGUGUUACCAUGAACGUGACCAUGUAACGGUGGAGAUCAGGGACGAACAAGGACAUGGAAGCGUGACAGAAUUACAAAUAAAUAACUGUAAGGAUGGAGUCUAUCAGAUUAGCUAUCUUCCCAGAGAUCAGAGAAAAUGCCAAGUGGCAGUAAAGGUAAAAGGGGAACAUGUACAGCACAGUCCUUUCACUGUGCAUGUAACACCAUUUCAGUUAAAACCUAUUCGGUCUUUUGGAAAAAUAGACUUGGGUUUAGGAACUUUUCGUCCACCUUGGGGAGUAGCAGUUAAUUAUAUGAAUGAAAUAGCUGUAACUGAUGAUAGCCACCACACUGUUCAAAUUUUUAACAUCCAAGGAAAUUACGUAAGAUCCUUUGGUCGGUAUGGUACCGGGGCGGGAGAGUUUAUUAAUCCCAUGGGAAUAACUUAUAAUGAUAAUGGAAAUUUUUUAGUGGUAGACAGUGGGAAUCAUAGAAUCCAGAUUUUCACUGGGGAGGGAAGACUCGAUAGUCCACUCAAUACUCCCUGGGGUUUAUCUGUAGACAGUGAUGCGAAUAUCAUUGUCGCUGAUAGUGGUAAUAAACUGAUUAAGAUCUUUUCUCCUGAUGGCAAGUUCCUUAAGAAGAUUGGUGGGAAGGGUUUAUUUACAUGUCCAUUCCACUGUGUUCAGUAUGAUAGAUAUCUCAUAGUGUCUGAUCAUCAUCAACAUUGUAUUAAAGUAUUUGACAGGAAUGGAAACUUUCUGUACAAGUUUGGAAAGGGGGGUUCUGGGAACGGGGAGUUUCAUUUUCCCACAUGUUUGACAUUGAACAAGUUCGGACUCCUGAUGGUCUGUGAUGGUGCUAACGACAGAAUACAAGUAUUUGACCUGAGUGGAAAGUUUCUGGGCAGGUUUGGAAAAAACGGUGGCAAUAUAGGCGAGUUUCAUAUUCCAACCGCUUUAGCAGUUCUAAGAAAUGGCCAAAUUGUUGUGUCUGACACUUUUAAUUGUCGCAUACAGAUAUUGGAAUAGACGGUCUCAGACGGACUUUUACGACAAACGAAAAUCAAAGGAUACGUAAUUUAUAGCUCAACUGUCGAAUGAAAACAUUGGAAAUUAUCCUCAUUCCUCGGGGUUUUCGUUUGAGGCCGGAGGCCGGACGUUUCGUCCGGUCGUUUUCCAUUCUAUGUCCGGUACUUUGAUUGCAAUAUUUGUGGGAUUUUUUAUUAUUUUAUCAUUAUAAUUUGUUUUUAGUUAAGCAUCAAAAAUAUGUCACGUCCGGUGCUUUCACGAACAUGUCCGCUACUUUACAAAACUUUCGAAAACCCUGAUUCCUUAGGUGACCUUCUUUGUUAUUUUCAGUCUUGACACUGUCAAUUGUUCAUAGAAUAAUUAACAAUUAUUCCACGAGCGCGCGUUGGAUAUGAGAUGAUACGGAUAUAUAAUCAUCUCGUAUGCAAAAAGCGCGAGUGGAAUAAUUGUUUUAUUAAAAAAAAAGCCCCCAAGAUAUU